AUGGUCGCCCUUUUCGUGUUGCAGCGCACCGCAUUUGGUGCCAAAGUUGACCAUUUACAAAUCCUGGACAGUUUGUUGAAGAAAGACUAUGACCGCCGGGCGACACCAACCAACCAUCUCAAUAACGCGACUACAGUAUACUGUGAACUGUAUAUUCGGAGUUUUGGUUCCAUCAGUCCUGUCACCAUGGACUAUGAAGUGGAUCUGUACCUCAGGCAGAAGUGGCAGGAUGAGAGGCUCAAGCACGCAGAUAUCACAGAGAGCCUGGACCUCAACGACCCUAAUCUCGUCAAAGCCAUCUGGAAACCCGAAGUGUACUUUCCAAACGCCAAACAUGCUGAGUUCCAGUUUGUCACUGUACCUAACGUCCUCAUCCGAAUCAAUCCUGACGGAGAAAUAUUCUACAUGCUCAGGCUGAAGCUGACGUUCUCCUGUAUGAUGGAUCUGUCUAAAUUUCCUCUGGACAACCAAAUAUGUACCAUGGAAGUUGCAUCGUUCUCGAAGACAUUGGAGGAGCUGCGGUUAGAGUGGAAGACCAUGAACCCUGUCAUCAUGGGAAAGGGUCUGAGGAUGCCGCAGUUCGAGAUCAAGGACAUCCUCGCAUCUGACUGUCAGGAGACAUUUCAGAUCGGAAACUACAGCUGUUUAGUAGCAGAAUUCUACUUGAGUAGAUCUGUCGGCUUUCACCUGGUUCAAAGCUAUCUUCCCACUAUACUGAUAGUGGUCAUCUCAUGGGUGAGCUUCUGGAUGGAUGUGGAUUCCGUGCCCGGGAGAACUACGCUGGGAGUCACUACUCUCCUUGCUGUCUCGUCUCAGAGUUCCGGUAUCCAAAGUGGGUUACCGCAGGUCAGUUAUGUGAAGGCGAUUGAUGUGUGGAUGGGUACUUGCACAGCAUUCGUGUUUUGUGCUCUUCUUGAGUUCACUUUCGUCAACUACAUGUGGCGUAAGGUGACGCCUGAGAUGACGCGGCGUGCCAUAGUCACUGCUCCCCUGGGCACUAUCAACGGUGAUGCCGCCCCCAACCCUCUGGACGCUAUGCCUCCAUCGCUGGCAAAAAAGUGCACACCGGGAAACCUGACCAACUCAGCGAUGGCUCGCAGGAUAGACGAAUACUCCAGGCUACUGUUUCCUUUGACCUUCGCUGUCUUCAACCUCUUCUACUGGUCCUACUAUCUCAAAUGAGGACCUCUGAAUUGGGGUUAGGACCUCGCUCCCAGAUUUCAGGUUGUAUUCCGGUAUCCAAGGUGUUCUUGGUUUCCCGAAUAAAACCUUGUAGUACCUUGGACCUGAUACCCAGUCUAUUUCUAUGUGCCAGGCUAAUUUACUUUCUUAAGCACUUUAAUUAGGGUAAUCAGAGGAUCGAUGAAGAUCUGGCAAUUCGUGGCCUGGACACAGCUCUAAGUAGGAAUGGAACACGGGUACUCAGAACUAUGUUUCUUCAACUAAUCUCUGAAAUAAUGAAAAUUAAGACCCCUGAAAACUGUGUGCUAAUUUUAUGUUUAAUUUUAAGCAAUUUAUUCAUAAAAAUGUAAGAAAACUGUAUACAAACUUUCAAUGAUUGUGGUGUAAAUCUUGGUAACCAAACAUUUUUGUAUAUACAAAUGCUAACCUGGAAAUCCUGAUUGAAAACAUUGUUGUAUAGGUACAAAGACACUAUAUUGAAUAUAUUUAUGUUUGUAUGACUUUUAUAGUACCUAUUUUCUUGGCUAUAGUACAUAUGCAAUUUGUUUAUAGUGUAAGAGAAAUGUUAUUGACCACUUUACUGAACUGUUUAGUAUUUUAGACAGAAGUCAAAUAUAGGCCCAAUCAAAGAAUACAAAACUAUUAAGCUGGACAGGAUACAUGUUACAUUAAUGUUAUUUAAUAUUUUUUUAAAUCUUCGCGAUUCAGUGAGAGUAGUCCACAAGGUCUACUCAUUUUUAGCACUCGCAAAAUAAACAGGGAUAAUAUUGCGGAGUGCUAAAAGUGCCAAACGUCAAGAAGUUAGAAAGAAGAGAGAGAUUAAUUGGAUCCGAAUUCUAUAACUCAAGUAUGGAACUGGGUUUUUAAGGACGAAAAACCAAAAAGAAGCGUGUAAUAUACUUUUUCCCCAUUUUGUUUUCUUAUUGGUUACUAUCCGGCUACCAAUUUUCGGUUACAUCAAAAGUUGCGACUCUUAGUUUCACUGAUUGUUAGCAUACAUUUACAUUAGAACAACACUGAAUGAUCUGUGGUUUUAUUUAGAUUCGUUGCGCUGUGAAAAACGUUGUUGAUUAUACUUCAAAUGUUUUAGAGAUUUAUAUAUUAGAAGUAGGCAGUAUUUUACAUGAUGUUAAUAAGUAUCUUUCAUUAUAUUUUUGUACUUCUGUAAAUACUGUGGUAAUACAUUGCGCUUAUUGUAAUCUUUAAUAACUAUUUAAUUUUAAUUCGUUAGUUAAAUUGUCAAGUAAUUUCAUUCAAGAUUAUGUAAAGAGGCUCGCAAUAUCUCCGACUAAACACACUUAUUUUUUCAGAAAUUAUUAUCUAUGCGAGUAAAUAACUGCUUACCGUAUUUUUUAUGGUUUAUUUACAACUAUUCCUUGUAUUAACAAAUUUUAUUUCAAAUAAUUUAUGGCAUAUUAGUUAUAUUUUUCGAACCUUAAACUGAAAAUUUACGUUUUACAAUGUUCUAACAUAUGUUUUAGAUAAAAUAUGUCCUAAGCCAACUAUCUAGCAUGUAAGGUCAAGCUGUUUGGUGCUCUCUAGAAAAUUUAAGGUUUAGUUCAACUAAUUGAUGCUUAUUAAAAUGAACGUGAAUACAUUAUUGAUGAAGAACGUCCCUUGUAUAGCUUCUAGCUCAAUAAACGUAAUUGAAAGGGAAAACCUACGCGUAUUUCGUAUAAGCAUUAGUUGAUGGUCACAUCAUCGUUUUUACGUUAAAAAAUAAAUAAUUAUUGAAAUAUCGUGCUAAUUAUAAAUGGCCUUUAAAUUACUAGGAAAACAAACAAAGCAAGUAUCAACUUAAACGUAUUUAAGCAAAGGAAGCUUAAAGCUAAAACUGGUUAAUGAAAUAAAAAUGAGGGGAGGAUGAACGAGAAAAAUCUUCGAUUUUUGUUAAUUAUUUCGGCAACCGAAUAAAAAUAUAACAAAUUGAAAAAGAAUCGCUCCCAACAUCGCAUUUAUAUAACACAUUUUCUGCACAAGUAAAAAUAAUUACUACAUAUCAGAGCUACUCCAUACUGAAAAAGCAGUUUCAAUUAUACGCUAAUGAUUGUAUUUUUACAUUUAACAUAUUUCUAGUAAUAUAUAAAUAUAUCGCAUCUGGUUAAAGUCAAUAUUACUACUGUUUUAAUCUAGAAAAUAUUAAAAACAAUCCAUGAUUGUCAAUUGGGAUGCUCAUUGCAAAAAGUUCAACAAUAAUCUACCUUAAAUUAGGGAAGCGAAAUUUGUAAGAUAACGAAGAAAUAUUUUCAUAUUUAAUAGAACAUAAACUUCAAUUCAGUUGAUUUUCCGUUAUAUAAGAAGAGUACUUGUUUUACUUAGAUGUAUGCAAGAAUAAUAAGCCCAUAUAUACUGGAAAAAAUUAUACUUUGGUGAAUAUUGAAAUGGAUAGAAUUUCUUAUUACACAGUAAUAACGCACUGUUACAUUCUAUUACCAGGGUCUAAAACAAGUUUUCACCGUUUAGUAGCAAUUGCUGUUCAGUCCUUAUUUUAUAGCAAACAUAUUUCAAGCAGUGAAAUUUUCAAAAAUUCUAUUGUGAUUUCAUAAGCGUAAAGGAUGUUUCAUUCCUCUUUGAAUUUUUAGAAGCAAGAGAUACAUAGACUUUAGAGGAUUGCUUUCAGAAAUAUAUUUUUAGCACAAUUAGCAAAUUAUAAAAAAUCGUUUUGUAAAAAAACUAUUAGUUGACGAUAGUGUAACAAAUUCGUUAGAUACGUUGAAAACAACUUCAUGUAGGGACUGUUCUAAUAGAUUAUUUACAUCUAUAGAAAUAAAAUUUACAGUAUUAAAAGAAUAUAUGAUUGUCAAAUUUGCAUUAAGCAAUUCUAUAAUAUUUAUUUUUACCGUUAUGAAAUGAAACCACAUAUAUAUAUGACGUUAAAAUCUGAACAUGUAACAUAUAAUUUGUAAAUCGUCUAUCUGUGUUAUGUUUUGUUUCCUAUAAACCUUAGUUGUUAGUUGUUAAAUGUUAUUGUAAAAAUACGAUGUGGUAUCAUACAAUGUGUUUUGUCACAUUAUGUUCCAUAUUAUGAUCCCACUGUGUAAUAUGUUGAAAAACCUACAUAUGUGACACACAUUGAUUUGUUUUAUUAUACACACUGAUGUUGUUCAAAACAUAUUCGUACUGGUGGCCAUGUGUUAAAUAAUACAUAUUCUGGUGUAUUGCUUUGUAUAUUCAUGUAUACUCUGGAACAUCAGCUGUUAAAUACGCUUCCCUUAGAUUUGUAAUAAAUAUUUCUAAUGUU